AUGGACUUGCUGAAUAGCUUCAUCAGCGGAUGGGUGGGAGGUGUCGGGCUUUUGUUGGUGGGUCACCCCUUUGAUACGGUCAAGACGCUGCUGCAAGACAGCAAGGGAAAGCACGAGAGUGGCCUCAGCUGCGCGGUGGGUAUUGUGAAGAAGGAUGGUCCCUUUGCCCUAUACAAGGGUGUGAUGGCUCCCAUGACUGGUGUCGGCGUCGUAUUUGCUCUCUACUUUCUUGCCUACGACGCCACCGAGAAGCUGAUUCGCAGCGUAAAGGAGCUGGACCCCUCCAAGCCGCUGUCGCUAUGUGAUGUAAUUAUAUGCGGUGGCAGUACAGGCAUCCUUGGAUCUCUUGUACUUGGGCCCGCUGAAUUACUUAAGAUUCGUCAGCAAACGGCCCUUAACACCGGCGCUGACAGCUCCCUGCGCGGAGUGGUUUCAUUCAUUUACAGAACUGCAGGUCCACGGGGAUUUUUCCGUGGCACGAGCAUGACGAUGCUUCGCGAUGUACCAGGUAGCAUGGCCUGGUUUGGCGCCUACGAGUACACGAAGCUUCUUAUCUGCAGCAGCCCAAAGGCCCCAUCGGUGCCGGAGUCCCUGAUUGCUGGUGGGAUAGCCGGCAUUAGUAUGUGGUCCUUUGCAGUUCCACUUGACGUUAUCAAGACCCGCGUACAGGCAAGUCGUGAAAGGUUGACCCUGGCAGGCGCGGUACGGGGCGUCUUCAAGGAACGUGGCAUCCGUGGCUUUUACCGUGGCCUUGGUCCUGCACUGCUGCGGGCCUUCCCUGCCAAUGCCGCUUGUUUUGCCGCGAAGGACUUUACGCAGAAGGCACUGAACCGCCUUCCUGUCUCCGCGGCACCGACCAAAAAGAGCACAGAUCAGCCAUAG